AUGACUGGGACAGAUAUUGGCUUAAUUAGUGAUCUGACAGAGAUUGCCGUCGCGUCUAUGACCCAAAACCCACCAAAUCAGCCAAACCCUGACGCCUCUACCUCUUCCUCCUCCAUGUGGAAUCCUGAAGAAGAUGACUCAUGGGAGGUCAGAGCUUUUGCAGAAGAUACACGAAACAUCAUGGGCACCACUUGGCCUCCCAGGUCCUACACCUGCACCUUCUGCAGAAGGGAGUUCCGUUCUGCCCAAGCUCUCGGCGGUCACAUGAACGUCCACCGCCGCGACCGGGCUCGUCUGCACCAAGUCCACCCCAACUCUUCCUUCACAGUCCCAGCACAAGACCUUGUUCCUAAUAAUGGAUUGCGCCUUCUCUAUCGUUUACCCGCAGCCCCUAAUAAUCCCACCUUUGCCUUCAGUAACACUACUGGUCCUACUCUCACUGAUCCGAAUGCAUGUGCAGAAUCACCUUCCACACUGCUCUCCAUCUCGCCUUAUCCAGCGAACAAGUUGGAUUUUUCGGUGCUACGAUCUGGCUGUAAUAUUUCGUCUUACUCUAAUCAGUCCAGUGCCAAAGUGGAACUGCCCGCCAACGACUCCUCCAAUGUUGGCCACGAAGAGCUUGAUCUAGAGCUCCGGUUAGGCCACAGGCCAACACCGACCUGACAAAGCCCAAUAAAUUUUUGAUCGUCGAGUCGCGCGCCUGAGAUAAUACACGAAGAAUGAGACAAUUUAUUAUAAAUUGAAAUAUAUUGCUCCUUAAUUUGCAGCGUGUGGAGAAGACUUGCUUCUGCCUGCCUCUCGUAGGCUUUUCUAGGUAUUUUUUGAUUCAAUUUCUCAUUUUUGUUGGCUGGAUGGUUACCAUUAUUAGGCUGUGAUUAAUUAUAUUUGUUUCUUGCGAAAAGGUGC